AUGUAUGUUUGCAGUGAAAAAGAAAAGACUGAAAUCCAAGAGGAAAAUGACAGUGUGUCAACAUGUACAACGGAUCCCACACAUUUUAUUGUCUUGUCACCCCAUCUUUCUAUCAGAUUCAUCAAUGAUAUAGAAUUCAGAAACCAAUCAAUUAUUUCAGAAUUCAUUUUACUGGGAAUGUCAGAGGAUCGAGAUCUGCAGCACUUUGUAUUUAGCCUGUUUCUGAUCAUGUACCUGGUCACUGUCUUUGGAAAUCUACUCAUAGUCCUGGCUGUCAGUUCUGACUUCCACCUGCAUACCCCCAUGUACUUUUUCCUCUCCAAUCUCUCCUUUACUGAUAUUUGUGUAAGCACAACCACCAUCCCAAAGAUGCUAGUGAACAUCCAGGCACAGAAUCAGACCAUCACAUAUAUAGGAUGCCUGAGCCAGAUUUUCUUUGUCACGGUUUUUGGUGGCUUUGAAAAUUUUCUUCUUGCUGUAAUGGCCUAUGACCGCUAUGCAGCCAUUUGUCACCCACUCAGGUACACAGUCAUCAUGAACUUCUGCUUUUGUGGCCAGCUGAUUCUACUUUCCUUGUUCAUUAAUAUGGUGAAUGCCCUGCUCCACAGUCUGAUGAUUUUGCAUCUGUCCUUCUGCACAAACCUGGAAAUCCCUCAAUUCUUCUGUGAACUUACCCAGGUCCUUAAGAUUGCCUGUUCUAGUACACUUAUCAACAACAUCCUGAUAUAUUUUUUGACUUGCAUAUUGGGUGGCAUCCCUGUUGCUGGCAUCAUAUUCUCUUAUACUCGCAUCAUCUCCUCUGUCUUGAGAAUGUCAUCAACUGGAGGAAAGUAUAAAGCUUUUUCCACCUGUGGGUCUCAUCUUUCAGUUGUUUCUUUAUUCUAUGGGACAUCUGUAGGUGUGUACUUCAGUUCAGCAUUUACAAAUUCUCCCAGGAAGAUAGCAGCUGCUUCAGUGAUGUAUAUUGUGGUCCCUCAAAUGAUGAAUCCUUUUAUUUAUAGUCUGAGGAAUAGAGAUAUAAAGGUAAGAUUGAAAAAAAUAUUUGAUAGUAUACACUUUAUGUCAUUUUUCCAGUUAAUUAAUUAUUAA